UCAACAUAUUUUCCCCAAAGAGCCCUAUUGUUAUCCCAACACAAGCAAUUCUUGUCUGUUUUGUUCGAUUGAUCGAUCAUCAAGCAAAGCAAAGCAACAAUACAAUGCUGGGUGGAUUGUACGGAGACCUACCUCCACCUUCGUCCACAUCCACAGAUGAGGAUUCCCACUCCAAAACCCUCAAUCCCUCCUCCUCAUCCUCAUCCAAUGUCUGGUCCAGCUCCGUUAAAAUGGCUCCCCCUACUCUCCGCAAGCCCUCACACAUCCCACCCCCCAAAACCCUAAUUAAACCCCAACAAAGCAAACCCAGAGCCCCCCCGGUGGUUGCCGACGUCAGCACAACGCCGUUCCAACCGGCACUUGUGGGAGUGACAUCGUCGGUGAAUGAGGAGUACGAUCCCGCCAGACCCAACGAUUACGAGGAGUACAGGAAGGAGAGGAAGAGGGCGGAGAUGAAGAGGGAGAUUGAUAGGAGGCGACAGGAGGAAGAGGAGAGGGAGAGUAAGGAGAAGAGAGAUAGGGAGAUGAAUAUAUCAGGUGAGGAAGCGUAUAAGCGGCGUGCGGCCAUGAGUGGUGUGCCCACUUCACCGCCGCCUUCGGGUGAUGGGGAUGGGGAUGGGUUUAGCAUUGAGAAGUCUGAGUCCGGGGGUUUGGGUGUUGGGGCGGGUGGACAGAUGACUGCUGCCCAGAGAAUGAUGGCUAAAAUGGGGUGGAAAGCCGGGCAGGGGCUUGGUAAGCAGGAGCAGGGGAUUACCACUCCCUUGAUGGCCAAGAAGACCGAUAGGAGAGCCGGUGUUAUUGUCAAUGCCAGUCAGCCUAAGCAGCAGCAGCAGCAGCAACAGCCCCCCGAAAAGAAACCUAGAGGAGGUGUUACCAUCAAUGGUCACCCUACCAAAGUUGUGCUUCUUCGGAACAUGGUGGGUCCCGGGGAGGUAGAUGAUGAUCUAGAAGCGGAGGUUGCAGAGGAAUGCUCAAAAUAUGGAACAGUGACGAGGGUGUUGAUAUUUGAAAUAACGGAGCCUAGUUUUCCAGUUGACGAAGCUGUUAGAAUAUUUGUGCAGUUUGAGAGAUCUGAGCAAGCAACGAAAGCACUUGUUGAUCUCGAAGGUCGGUUUUUUGGGGGGAGGGUUGUACGCGCUACAUUUUAUGAUGAAGAAAGGUUUAACACCAACCAGUUGGCUCCAAUGCCUGGAGAAAUCCCGGGUUUCAUCUAGCCUUCCUUCCCAGAAUGUUCUGUUCUGUUUUGUUUUGUUUUCGUGAACUUUUUUAGACACUGCAUCAUGAUGGAGGAUAUGUAGAAGCUGCAUUCUGUAAUCACGAUUUUAAGAUUUGAUUGAUGAUUGGUACCAAAUAUAGCAAAAAGAAAAGACUUGUUUUAGCUAAA